ACAUACAUACGUAUAUGAAGCAUUUUCCUUCAUAAAUAAGGACAAUUUUUUUAAAAACGUAUUUAGCACACGUAAAAAAAAAAACAUCUCGUGCACGUUUAAUGAAUCCACACUUCUCUUCAUGGUCGUGCAACCGCCUUCACUUAUCAGCGUGUGUUGUUUACCUGAACUCUCAUCUUCCCUGGUUCAAUACAAGCUGAUUUUCUAAAGAAGAAACGGAACACUUUGCAGUUUAUGGCUAUGUAGAUCUUCUGCAAGGGCCUGAUGACCUUAGUUAGACGUAACGGUGUUUGCAAGGUUCUUGUAUUUCUUUUUCUUCUAAUAGCCCACAUAGCCCCAAGUUAUCAUUAUCAGUUUUACGAGACGUUGUCAAACAAAGACAGUUCCCCUACGAUUGGAAUAAACCCCAGACUUGACGAUCAAAGGAAUAAGUCCACGCCGAUCCUUCGGACAGUGAAAACAUUGGAUUAUAUACAAGAUUCUUCAGAAAAGGAAGCAGAUACUACUACAUACUUAAACGGAAGUAAAUCGAGUAUUAAGGAUCUUAAAACAGGCAGCGUCGACAGUGAAUUGAAUGUAAAUAGGGUGGAGAUAUCUGACAAAGCCCCGAAUAAUAGAAAUGUUGGUGGGCUUAAUAAAGAGCAAGAGCGGAAUAAUACAUACCCAGAAGAAAAUAACGUCGGCGUUAUUGGUAACGAUAAGCCGUAUAACAAUGGCGCCAUUUUUUCACGCAAACGCCUUACCACUAGAAUCAAAGAGAGGGCUCUCAUCAACCCACAUGUUAUUGAUACACUUAGGUAUAAAUCAAAAGAUCUGGCCGCGGUCCAAAAGGAAAACGAACCUUUUAGAGUGUCUCCAACAGACAUUAAACACAAAAUAGAUGUUACAGGAAUUUACAAUGAUAUUUCAUCUGUACCAACACGUUCAGCAAUACAGUCAAAUGUAUUGGACAGACCCGUACCCUUCGUAAAACCCGUUUUUACUCUUCCUGUGAUACCGAAACCAACAAAAGGAUUGGAGAAAACUGAUUUUCUAGCCUUGCCGUAUCUGAAAAAGGGAUUUUACAGUGACAACCACACGCAUAGACGACGUCAUCGACACAACUUUAAACGACGUUUGGUUUUUAAAAAUCACUAUUUACAUGGGAAAAAAUUAGAACAUUGGGUUAAAGCGGCCGACAGAAGGCAGCGAGCUAAAACUGCUCAUCAUGUAUUAGCUGAUCACUACAGAAGCAGAGGUCACCUCAAGACGGUCCACAUUUACAAAAACAACGAAACACACGAUAUUGCAGUGGAGAGUAUUACAGGCAACGGAAGAGUGAAUAGUACAAACAACAAACUGGGGUACAACUACAGAACUUGGGCCCACAAUUUUUCUCUUCAAGGCACACAAAGUGACGAUGGUGUUGACAAUGUAAAUAAAAAGCCGGUUAACGUCGGUGCUAAUGGUAUGAGUGUGUUACCGGCCCACAAUGUAAACACCUUGUAUUCUUCAUCAAGUAAACUAUAUAUUCACGCAGGUGGUGACACCAAAUCAAAAUCUCUGUGGUUCCUAACGAACGAUUCGUCUUCUUCUUCUUCUUCUUCUUCUUCUUCUUCUUCUUCUUCUUCUUCUUCUUCUUCUUCUUUUAAUUCUUCAUCAGCAUCAUUAUUCCCUUUAUAUUCGAGCCACCCCUUCAAUGUUGUGCCACAGUCAGACCUCACAAACUCGGGUGUUGGUAACAACCCACGAAAGUUGUUGAUAUCUCACACUAGCCGGAAAAUGCCACAGGCUCUCAUAAUAGGUGUAAAAAAGGGUGGGACUCGUGCCGUGCUGGAAUUCUUACGAUUACACCCGGAUGUACGAGCACCUGGUCCUGAACCUCAUUUCUUUGACCGACACUACCACAACGGAUUAGAAUGGUACAG